GGAGGCAGAAGUCGAACUGCCCGAGUUGGCGGCGCUGGAGGUGAACAAUCUUUUGGACGUUGCAGGUUUCACGAGAUUGUUGGCAUCAAGUACGGAGGCGACCCGACCCAUUUUUCUGCGCAAACACUUGCUCGAUGUUCACAAGGUGGCGGUUGAUGUUUUGUCUGCUAGUGUUGAAGAGGAUGCCAAGCGCUUGGUUUCCUUGGUCGGAUGCCCCGGAACUGGCAAGACGUGGUGCGGUUGGUUGGUUGCCCAUGCCUUGCAGACGGCAGGGAAGCGCACACUGCAUGUCACCAUCAGAGGCAAUGAGGUGAUUGUGGUGUCCGAGUUCAAGAGCAAGAAGACGUAUGCCAUGAAAGACUGGGACUAUUACGUGCUUUUGCAAGUCCUGACCGAGAACCAGGGCGAUGUUUGCAUCAUCGAUGUGGGGAACAAGCUCCCCCUUCAAACCCACGAAAUUUUUCAGGGCGUGCGCACCAUUCUGGAAAGCAGCGCUGAGCCGAAGCCCUUCCCGAAGGUCAAGUUCAUGGGCUUGGCUUCUGGACACGCGCAGGAGAACAUCAUAGGCAAAGACAGAAACAUCGAUGCUCAGAAGCUUGUCUUAUGGAGUUGGUCGGAAGAUGAUUUUCAAUCUUAUGUUGAGGCAGCGAAGGGUAGUGCACACACGCUGAAAGAGCACGUCUACGACAUUUGUGGUGGUUCUGUUCGCUUGUGGUUCAAACCCGAGCAGGACGAGUCUAACAUUUCGGAGGACGUGGGGCAACUGCAGGAGCAACACAUGCAGAACUUCUUGACGCCGGCUCAGCACCCCACCUCCAACAGGAAUUAUCACGAGCACUCGCGAUUGUUGGCUUUCUUUCGCAAACCGAAGAAUCCCGCCAACCCAGAUGCAGAUGUGUCUGAGGAUGACUUCAAGCGUGGUGUUGUGUCCGCUUACAUCGUGCCUCGCUCAGAAUACGUCAUCCGCAGCAUCAGGGCGCACAAGAAAGGCACUUUCUCCGAAAUGAAGAAGAUGUAUGAGGCGCUACUGCCUCUGAACCCAGGCGCUGCAGGAACGCCGUUUGAGAUUCUCGUGCACUACUUCUGGGAGGAGUGCAUCAAUGAGAAGGGCAACGUCCAGUUGACACUCACUGACAAAGAUGGCAAGGUGCAGACGACUGUCGCGGUGAAGUGUGCGGAAUUGAAGCCCGUGGCUGAAUGCGAGCCUGUUGAGCAUUGGGACGACAAAGGUUAUGUGGAUACGAACCUUUUCGGUUAUUUCACUCCGGAUAACAAAAGCAACUACCCCAGACUGGACAGCAUUUUGCGCUACAAGAGAGGCCGUAGCGCAAAGGUUCUUGCAAUCCAGGUGAGCAUCGGAGAGGAGCACACGCAAGGCGCCAAUCCCAAAAACGCGUUGCUGCAGGAGAAGCUCGCGAAAGGCGAGAAGACAAAACUGGCAUUGUGGGAUCACCGCGACAGAAGCAAGAAAUGCGUCUGGAAAAGCCACAAGUCCAAGGAUUGGGACUUGGUUUAUGUUCGCUGUAAAAAGUUCGAUGACAAGAUGAGGCAAAGUUGA